AAAUAUAUACAAUCUAAAUUAAUUUAUUAUGGAAUUAUCAAAAAUGAAUCCUAAAGAAAAUAAAAGAAAUUUAUGGAAAAGAGUUUAUGGAGGUAAAUAUCAGAAACAUGUUACAAUUUAUACUGUUGGUUCAACUGCUGAAUCAACAGAAGAGAUAGAUGAAAAAAUAGUUUAUAUGGAAGAUUUUGAAAAAAGAAAGCAAGCAUAUGGAAUAUGUGGUGAAUGUAAUGAACCUGGUACAGGAGAAGAUUGGUGCCAACCUUGUAAUGCUAAAAGAUUAAAGGAUAACUUUAAAAAUUGGACUAGCGGAAAUAAAAAUAUUGAUGAAUUUAUACAACAAUCACAACUUAAUGCUGUGCACUAUAAAAAAUAUUUUGAAUGGAUACCUUUUGAAAAUUUUAGAGAUAUCGUUUAUAUUACCAGAGGUGGAUUUGGUAAAAUUUAUUUAGCUGAAUGGCCUGAAGGAUAUAUUGAAUAUUGGGAUAUUAAAAAUGGAAAAGAAUUAGUGAUAUAA